AUGGCAGACAAACCAGCGCCCGAGCAGGAGAAACAAUGCCGUAUCUGCUUCGAUGGCGAAGACGACUCAUUGGGAAGACUUAUUCGUCCUUGUCUGUGCAAGGGUUCCAUUAGCUAUGUCCAUAUAUCCUGCCUGAAAAAGUGGAGGAACUCGUCUUUCAGCAACAACUCUUUCUAUCGCUGUCCACAGUGCCAUUACCGUUAUCACUUUGCUCGGACCAAAGCGAUCGGGUUGGCGACCAACCCGAUCGUAGUUGGCAUGAUAUCUUCCUUUUUGUUCACCUUACUUGUCAUGUGUUCGUCCUAUGUUACAACCUAUUUCAUGAGUUCCUUCGACGAUUACUCGUCCUACGGAUCAUCAUACUACUUCUUCAUUUCGCCGAUUGACGUUGGCCACGAUCUCAUCCGUGCAGCAUUACGAAUACUUCGAGACCAGGACGCAUUUCCUCUAGAAGACAAUGCUCCAAGACUGACGAGGACUAAUCCUGCCCCGUUCCCAUCCUCACCAUCAUUCUUGAAGCAGUUUGUGCGCAGGUUCGUGAUCGGCCUCCCUAUGAUAGGUGCCGGAUCUAUAGUUCAUAUGCUGCUGUCGCUGCCUCUUCUUGGCCCAGUCCAUUGGAUAGCUCGUUUCAGGGGGAACAGAAGCCGGAGGGGUAACUCAACAGACAUAGCUGCGAUGAUCAUCCUGGGUUUACUACUUAUUGGGAUUGCGAGGGCGUUAUACGAGGCGUACAAAUUGACAAGAAAGAUCAGCGAACGUUUACUUCUGUUUGCGGAGGAUGUCAUUCUGGAAGUCAAUUGA